CAAGCGUUUACAAUGGAUCGCCUUUCCAUUCUCCUCUUGCUUCUGGGAAUCUCUCGGAGCCAGGCCCUUUUCUGUGGCGGGUCUAUGGCGAAGGAGUGCGUACAGCGAAACCGUUGCCGUAUUGGUACCGAAACGGGAAGGCCAAUCAUACAGUAUAGAGGACUAAUUAACGGCAAUGACGGAUGUGAAUCUGGGCAGACCUGCUGCCCGAAAACGGAAAUAUUACAAUUUCCAGUACAGGUCGACAAUCAACCGCUACCUGCUGACUGUGGCCAUGCGAACCGUCAGGGAUUGGGAUUCACAAUAACUAACCCGAUGGACGUCGCACAGGACGGCGAACUGCCAUGGAUGGUGGCUCUGCUUGAUUCCAGAAGCCAUCUACCGAUAGGCGGUGGCUCCCUAAUUACGCGGGAUGUGGUGCUUACAUCUUCCACGAAGACCUACGAAGUUCCUGAGACCUACCUUAUGGUGAGGGCUGGAGAAUGGGACUUUAAUAGCGUCACCGAGCAGAGAGCACAUGAGGAUGUUGCGAUCAGGAAGAUCGUACGACAUGCCAAUCUCGGUGUCGAGAAUGGUGCCAAUAAUGCGGCCCUUUUGUUCCUCGCUAGACCGCUAAAACUAGACCACCACAUAAAUCUCAUUUGUUUGCCGCCGCCGAAUCGGAAAUUUAUCCAUAACCGCUGCAUCGUCAGUGGCUGGGGCAAAAAAACAGCCUUGGACAACAGUUACAUGAAUGUCCUGAAAAAGAUCGAUGUGCCAUUGGUGGACAGAUCAGUGUGUCAAAAGCAACUGCAAGGACCCUACGGCAAAGACUUUAUUCUCGAUAACAGCCUGAUAUGUGCCGGCGGAGAACCUGGCAAGGAUUCGUGCAAAGGCGAUGGAGGUGCCCCACUUGCCUGCCCACUACAAAGCGAUCCCAACCGGUACGAACUGGUGGGUAUCGUAAACUUUGGAUUCGGAUGUGGAGAGCCACUUCCUGCUGCCUACACUGAUGUUUCCCAAAUUCGACGCUGGAUUGAUUAUAAUAUCCAAGCGAAUGCAGUACACUAUUCUCCCCCGUUCGGAAAUGUAGGCCAAUCACUUGUUUCUGUUGGUGGUGUUGGAUAUAUUCCAGGUAUGGGCCCAGGAAAUUCUUUCGAAGGACCAGUUUCAGUCGGAGAAUUUAUUCCAAAUGAUGGCACCGUAUCUGGCGGAUUUGUAUAUGAUUCAAAUGGAAUCCAAAAUGGUGCCAAUGGACUUCAAGGACCUCUUCAAAUCGGAGGAAAUGUUCCAAAUGAAGGCCAAGGAAACAGUGGCAAUAGAUAUGAUCCAAAUACGGAAAUCGGAGCAGUUUCAGUAGGAAAACCUAUUCCGAAUGAAGGCAAUCCAUCUGGCGGUCUUGGAUAUGAUUUAAAUGGAAUCGAAAAACUUAAUCAAUUUCCACAUGUAUUCCAAGGAAAUGGUGGACUUCAAGGACCUCUUCAAAUCGGAGGAAAUGUUCCAAAUGAAGGCCAAGGAAACAGUGGCAAUAGAUAUGAUCCAAAUACGGAAAUCGGAGCAGUUUCAGUCGGAAAACCUAUUCCGAAUAAAGUCAAUCCAUCUGGCGGUCUUGGAUAUGAUUUUAAUGGAAUCGAAAAACUUAAUCAAUUUCCACCGGUAUUUCAAGGAAAUGGAGCCAAUGGACAUCAAGGACCUCUUCAAAUCGGAGGAAAUAUUUCAAAUGUAGGCCAAGGAAUCAGUGGCAAUAGAUAUGAUCCAAAUCCGGAAAUCGGGGCAGUUCCAGUCGGAAAACCUAUUCCGAAUGCAGGCAAUGUAUUUGGCGGUCUUGGAUAUGAUUUAUAUGGAGUCCAAAAACCGAAUCAAGCUGGAGAAUUCAUUCCACAUGUAGGCCAAGAAAAUUAUGCCAAUGGACUUCAAGGACCUCUUCAAAUCGGAGGAAAUAUUCAAAAUGUAGGCCAAGGAAACAGUGGCAAUAGGUAUGAUCCAAAUCCUGAAAUCGGACCGCCCACAUUUGGUGCAACCGGUGCCGGAAUGCAAGGAAAUAAUAUCGAUAAUCAUUAUAAUUACAAUCUUGGCGACAGAGCAAAAAAUGAAUUGGGAGCGUUUCCUCUCGAAAAUCCCAAUAAGGAUAAUGUUAUUAGCCUUAGUGAUUUUGCAUCCACAACCACCACUCCGAGUGCACCUAUAAAAUUGGUAAUAGAAAAGUACUAACGUAGUUUUAUAAUUUUAUCAUAGAGCUACUAAUCUAUAAACAUGUAAUAAAAAUAUAAAUCUAAAGCAUUAAGAUUACUAUAUA